GCCAUGGGCUCCCGGCCGUGCGGGGCGCUGAGCCUGCUGCUCCUGCUGCUGGCGCCGCUCGGCCGUCCCGCCGCGGGCUGCCCCGCGCCGUGCAGCUGCGCGGGGACGCGCGUGGACUGCGGGCGCCGCGGGCUGACGCGGGCCUCGAUGCCCAACGUCUUCCCGCCAGACACCACCGAACUGGUGCUGACCGGCAACAACCUGACGGCGCUGCCGCCGGGGCUGCUCGAUGCGCUUCCGGCGCUGCGCGCCGCGCACCUGGGCGCCAACCCCUGGCGCUGCGAUUGCCUCCUGCUGCCGCUGCGCGCCUGGCUGGCCGGGCGCCCGGAGCGCGCGCCCUACCGCGACCUGCGCUGCGCCGCGCCCCCGGCGCUCAGCGGCCGGGUGCUGCCCUACUUGACCGAGGAGGAGCUGCGUGCCGCCUGCGGGCCGGGCCCGAUCUGCUGGGGGGCGCUGGCGGUGCAGCUGGCGCUACUGGGCCUCGGCCUGUUGCACGCGUUGCUGCUGGCGCUGCUGCUGUGUCGCCUGCGGAGGCUGCGCGCCCGCGCCCGCGCCCUCGCUUGGGAGGCGUCCCGGUUAUUGCCGACCACCUCGCUCGUGGCCGAGCCCGCUGGACCAGGCACGUCCGAUGAGAACAUAGACUGACACUGAGCCAUCGAGGCCUGCAAAGUCGACUGGACGCUGCUCUAGGAAACUCGCCAGAACCUGGGUCCAUUAUGCCCACUGCCCCUGCCCGUCCUCCCAGACCAUCCAGGCCCCGCAGGCUCAGACCUGCUGCACGAGACUGGAGCCCAUCCGGUCACCCCCGUGCCCUCCACCCUUCGGGAAGUGGAAGGGCCGAGGUGCGCCUGUGCUCUGCUGAGUUGUCCCGUCCCAAGCUCCAGGCUGAAUAAACCA